AUGUCCCAAGCUGAAUUCGAUAAAGCUGCUGAAGACGUGAAAGUUUUAAAUAAUAAAUUAUCGAAUGAUGAUUUACUUAAACUCUAUGGUCUUUAUAAACAAGCAACUAUUGGUGAUAACAAUACCAAUAAACCAAGCAUGAUUGAUUUGAAAGGCAAAGCUAAAUGGGAAGCUUGGGAUAAAAAUAAAGGCAAAGCUAAAGAAGUUGCUCAACAAGAAUAUGUUGCUUUAGUUCGAGAGUUUCAAACUAAAUAA